AUGGAAGCCACCCGGGGCCAGGCUUUUAAAAAAGCAAAAGAAGAGUCAAAAUUCAGGAGCAUGGUUUUUAAAAUUCAAAUCACAAGUACCGGUUCCCGUACCAGUACUGUAGACUACCUGGUGCAUCUGGUACCGCCAACUGGAAUGAGUACUAAUAGUCGUCUACCUUGGCUUGAGCUUAUUCUUUUUGUUGCCGCUGACCCUUCAAGGCUCCUCCAGCUAGCUAGUAGGUGCCCACCCAGGCUUUAUCCCUUGGACUGCUGCUCUUCCAUUAUCGGUUCUUGUUAUCUCAAUAUGCCCUACUACGACUCUUAUGACGCCGACAUAACAAUGACCAUGUGUCAUGAUUGCGACGAUCAAUUUUACUUGACUGAUGAUGGGGAAUGGAAUGUGUGCGGCGAGUGUGAAGGAACCCUCUGUUCGACAUGCGCUAACCGUUUCUGUUGCUCGGUGUGUGACGUUGAUGGCUAUCCAAGGGAGGGAUACUGUCUAACGCAAGCAGCCGCCAGCUGUAAGAGUUGCCUUGCAUACUGUGAAGACUGCCACGAAGUCUUCCAUGAUUGUUGCAAGGCAGAACAUCUGGCAAAAUGCAACUCCAAGACAAGGGCACAGAGAGCAGCAUCUGCAGCGGCUCAGAGAGUUACCGAUACAGAGAAAGUACUCAAGGUAGCUGAGGGGCAUUUGAAGAACUGGCAACAGAAGGUGUCUCGAUUUACGAAUGAGCUCCAAGCCGCUAGAGAAGACAAGAAGAAAGCGGAUCGGGAGCUUGCCAAAGAAAAUUCCAAGAAACUUAUCCAUCGUAAACCACAAAAGCUACUAGUUUGA